GGUUGAGUCUUUGAAGACAAAAAAUUGUUUACUCUAUUAAUACAGAGAGUGAGAGGAAAGAAAGAACCAAGGGUUCAUUGCACAGAACACGGAGCGACCUUUUAAUAUAGAUAUAUAUAUUUUCUGUAUAUACUAUUUUGUAUGGUAUAUAUAUGCUCUGUACAAUAAAAAAAAAGUCAAAAAAGUUUGGAGUAUUUAUCUUCUACAAGACUGUGUUUCUGGUUAGGGUUUUUCUUUGAACUCUUCUCUUCAUUCCACCAUCUGGGUUUUGCUUAAUUAGUCUUAAUUCAGUUUUUUAGCACUGAUAAUUAUUUUUCUUGUUUUGGGUUUUUUUUUCUUGCUCGAAUAAAGUUUAAGGCUUUACUUUGUUUUUUCAAUUUUUGGUGCUUGUAGCUUUGUGAGUAGAGAACAACCUUGGUGUCUCACAGAUGCUGUUUUGUGUUUGAGCUUGAAUUUCCCGUCUUGGGUUGUGUUUGGAUAGAGGGGUGUUGUUUUCUUGUUCUGGUCUUGAGUGCUUGGUAAAGGUUGGUGCUUUACGUGUAAUUGAAGGAUUAGGUUUUCUUUUAUUUUUGUGUAGAAGUGUUUGGAUUCUGGGUUUGGUUAAUUUUGAGAAGGGUCUGUUUGGUUCUUACAAAAGAUUGGUGUUUGUGGUGGUGGUGGUUGUGUUGAUGAUGAUUCAUGGGGAGUAGAACGCAUAAUAAUUUUAAUAAUAAUAAUAAUAAUAAUAAAGCUGUGACCGAGAUGCCAAGCUAUGUACCUCAGCUAUCCACUUCUAAUCCCAUAUUCUAUCUUUAAUCAAUUAAAAUCUAGCAGCCAGGCAAUAGGUGCUGAUGUCCAGUUUGGCACUUUAAAUAAGUCCCUUGCAUCCUCAGAUAUAAAUCUAUCAGCUGCCAUUGUGGGGUCCCAGACAUUACCAUUGCAAAAAGAAGUGCAAGUAAAUCCAGUUUCUAUACACAGCAACCAUCCUGAGAAUUGGGGAGAGACCAAUAUGGCAGAAGCCAGUCCUAGAACUGAUACCUCAACAGAUGACACAGAUGAAAAAAAUCAAAGGUUUGAGAGAGGACAAUUAGUUGCAAUAGCAGCAUCCGAUUCCAGUGACAAGUCAAAGGAAAGAGCAGGGGAUCAGAAGACUUUAAGAAGGCUUGCUCAAAAUCGUGAAGCUGCCAGAAAAAGCCGAUUAAGGAAAAAAGCAUAUGUACAACAACUGGAGAGCAGCCGGCUGAAGCUGACUCAACUGGAGCAAGAGCUCCAGAAAGCCCGGCAACAGGGAAUUUUCAUUUCAAGCUCAGGAGACCAAACCCAUUCAAUGAGUGGAAAUGGUGCCUUGGCAUUUGAUGCAGAGUAUGCACGGUGGCUAGAAGAACAUAACAGGCAAAUAAGUGAGCUGAGGGCUGCAGUCAAUUCGCAUGCAGGAGAUACUGAACUUCGUACUAUUGUCGACAAUGUUGCUUCACACUUCAGUGAUGUUUUCAGGCUGAAAGGCACUGCUGCAAAAGCUGAUGUUUUCCACAUCCUAUCAGGGAUGUGGAAGACACCAGCAGAGCGUUGUUUCAUGUGGAUUGGUGGCUUUCGCUCAUCUGAACUCCUCAAGCUUCUUGUGAAUCAACUGGAGCCUCUAACUGAGCAACAGCUAAUGGGCAUUUACAACUUGCAACAAUCUUCUCAGCAGGCAGAAGAUGCUCUCUCACAAGGGAUGGAAGCGCUGCAGCAAUCACUGGCAGAAACCUUGGCUAAUGGCAACCCUGGCUCAUCAGGUUCUUCUGGGAACGUGGCAAACUAUAUGGGUCAAAUGGCCAUGGCCAUGGGAAAGCUAGGAACUCUAGAGGGAUUCCUUCGUCAGGCUGAUAAUCUGAGGCAGCAAACACUAGAACAAAUGCACCGUAUAUUGACAACUCGGCAAUCAGCCCGUGCUCUUCUAGCUAUACAUGACUAUUUCUCUAGGCUACGAGCCCUUAGUUCUCUCUGGUUGGCCCGGCCACAGGAAUGAGUAGCAGUAUGUUGCCCCCCAACAAAAUUAACAUGAAUAUCUACCACUUCACCACCCUCCUACUUGGCCUUCAGUUCUCAUCAUGCCAUUGGGUGGACUGCCGCUGGUGGUCUUAGUCAUCAUCAUCGGUGGUAAUUGUGGUGCGGAUAGGUCGCAAUUGGUGUAAUUAUUGGUUUCAUGUGCAGUUGUAACGCCAGAUUUGCUCACACAGAUGUAUGCUUAUCUUCUUGCUGUAAAACAAAUAGCGGCCAUAGUUGGUGUAAUUAUAGGUUUCAUGUGCAGUUGUAACGCCAGGUUUGCUCACACAGAUGUAUGCUUAUCUUCUUGUUAUAAAACAUCUAGUGGCAAUAAUUCGAUAAUGUUUGGUGUUUAUUAGAACUGAUGAUGGGAAAUAGGAGUGUCAUAUGUAACAUAGGUUACAGUUCUCAAUUGUUUUCCAGAAACCAAAUUAAGUCAGGAUUAUAGUUUCUAUCUGAGCUAUGGAGAUUUUUCUCA